AUGACCGGGAGUGAGAAAAGAAAGCUGCUAGUAGUGGGGAAAAGCUUAAAACCUCGAUGUUUUAAAAAUAUGUCUAUAAAUAAAAUGCCAGUACAUUACCACGCGAAUAAAAAUGCAUGGAUGACUUCAACCAUAUUUUCAAACUGGCUAUAUGAAUGGGAUAAGGAAUUACAAGCAAAAUCUAGGUCCAUACUUCUUCUUAUUGAUAACUGUGCUGCACAUCCAAAAAACGUUCAACUCAAAAACAUCACUUUAGAAUUUUUGCCCCCAAAUACGACAUCCUUAAUCCAACCCUUAGAUAUGGGUAUUAUCAAAAACCUCAAGGUGAAAUAUAGAAUGAAACUAGUUCAUUUUAUUCUAGAAAAUAUUGAGGAAAACCUGUUAGAUCAAUCUGCAACUGCUAAUCAAAUAAGUGGCAAAAUAAACAUAUUACAAGCGAUACAGUUUGUAUCCGAGAGUUGGCGAGAAGUUAGCUGCUCGACUAUUAUGAAUUGUUUCGCUCAUUGUGGAUUUUCUAAUUUUAUUGGUCCGCAACCUGAGUUGACUGAGUUGGAUGAACAAUAUUUUUUUGUUCAAAACCAUAAAGAAUUUGAAAACAUUGAUGAAAAUGCUCCCUGUUUUGAUGUUAAUGAAGAAAUUUGUGAUGUUGUAGUACAAAAUGUUCUUAAAAAAAGGAAGUUAGAAGAUUAUGAUGAAGAAGAAGAAGAAGAAGAAGAAGAAGAAGAUACCAAACCACCAGUUACAGCUAGAGAGGCUAAAAAGUGCAUUGAUUUGUUGCAGAAGUUCUUCAUGCAAGAGGGUAACGAAAAUAGUCCGUGUGAUAAGCUUGAAGCGUGUGCCCAUUUUGUUAACCAGAUCCACACUAAACAGCUUAGACAACAAACAAUUACAACGUUUUGUAUACCUUCCACAUCCAAAUAUUAA